AUGGAUCCGAAAUAUGAUAAUAUCAAGCAGUUGAUUGAUGCAUUAGUAAUACAGAUAACUGAAAGCUUAGUAACAGAUCCAAUUAUUACUCAAGAAGAAGAAAGUUUCGUUGCAAAUUUUGUAGUCACCAACCAAAAUUUAGUUAAUUUAUAUCCACUCAUAAACGGUAAAGAACAAUUCCAUUCAAUAUCUACGAUUUUACUUGAAAAAAUAAGUUCAAUCAUUGAUUCAACGGCAACUGUGACGCUAAACAACAGUCGCUUUGCUACAGUUUAUUUACAAGCUUUAGUUAAGUGCAUAGAAAAGGUAUCCCAAAACGAACAUGGCGAUUUUUUCAAAAUUGAAUUUUUAGAAAAAGUUAUUUCGUUAGUAGAGAAGGUAAUGAAUCAUGACAAUCCAGAUUUACUACGAUCUAGCUAUACGAAGUUUACUCAAACCAUCGGAUCUAUCAGUACUCAAGUAUUUACGAUUUUUGAAGCCAAAAUUAAAGAUUUACUUUCUAAAUUACCGAAAAUGAAAGAUCUACGCUUCCAACUACUUCCAUUUACUCGCUUUAUUGCAAGCUAUCAUGCAUUAAAAUACGGAUUACGAAUUUUACUCGAAGUUUAUCAAGAUUUCAAGCUGUAUCUUAACGAAUACUGCAACACCAUUUCCACGAUUAUCAUGACAUCAUUCAGAAACAAUCCAUCUGAGUUCAUGAACAGAAUAAUAAACAAUAACGACGCAUUACAGAUCUUCGAGCUUCUCAAAAAGGACAAAAGUAUCUCAGAUUCAUCCAAAUACGAAGCUCUGAUCUCCCUUUCGUUCCUUCUUCACGCGCAAAUCAACAACGGAUCUCUCGAGUCAAUUACAUCGAAAAUUUCGAACGAGCUCUCGAAGAAAGUGUCUGGAUUCGACCAAUCCCACUACAGCGCGCUCCAAGCCGCCCUUUACUCCGCUCUUGCCGUUGCAGAAACAAACGGAUUUCAGUCAUACAUUGGAAUCUUCAAAAUUUUUGCUCCAUCUCUGGUAGAAAAGCUCCAUUCGCAGCAGCAAGUCCUCUUUGAGUACUACUACCACCUCAGGUACUUCAUCUGCGUCGAUUUGCCUGUCGCAUUGUACUUCACUAGCUACGGCUACUUCGUCGACGUGAUGAAGUACUUCGUGAACGAAAACACGCUCAUGCCGAGGCAGCUGACGUGCAGAACGAUCGACAAGUGCAUGUCUGUGAAGAUGAAUUCCGAACAGAAAAAUCUGCUACAGUCUGCGCUCAUCAAUAUGUUGGAGUCUCUGUCAUCUGGAAAUGACGUACUUGUAGCUUUUCCCCUCCUUUUCCACGCUUUUGAGGUAAAUCCGGAUAUUUUGGACGAGAUAUUGAAGAUAAACCACGGUUUGACGAUGUUUUUGUGGAGGCCAUGCCCAACUAAUGGCAUCCGAUCACUCUGUAACGCGUUUAUUUCGGCAUUUAAAAAGGAUGAGUACAAAUUGAACGAUUGGAUAGUAAUUGACUGCACAAUUUCUUCAAUACUGAACAAUUUGGACUUUUUCAUGGCUCUGAAGCCAGAAAUUAUCUCAGAUUUGGGAAGAAUCUUUUUAUUUAUUUUAGAUUUAGUCAAAUAUUUCUUAGAAAAGGAAGAGUGCCGUAAAUUCGUACAGAUUCCUCAAAUGAUGGUCACUGUAAUGCAAAUGGAAGUCGUUUCUCUCGUUUUCUUACCAACUCCGAUUUCUUCGAUUUGUCUGACCAUUUUGCAGGAAGUAAUAAAUAUCGACUUAAAGUAUGAAUUGGAUACACAAUUACAGCUGCCGAUUAAUAUCUACCAAGAAUUCAUUGAUAUUUGCAAAUCGAAAGGAAAAUUCGAUGUUGAUGACAACGCAACAUUCGCACCACUCUUAAAACUAAAGAAGGAAAACAAAUCAAUCACUUACGCCUAUAUUAAACACUUAGGAAAUUUGGCUUACGCAUUAGACCCAACAGUUGUCGAUGAAUCGCUGAAAAAGACACCAAACGCAAUGUCUCCAUCAACAUUAAGGGACGAAUUUACCAAGACAGCUCUGUUAUUAGAAACAAUGCUGAUUAAGACGUCACCAAACAACUAUCUGACAGUAAUUAACGAGUGCAUGAAGUCACCUAGCUACAUUGGUAAUGAUGGAAGUGUAAUUUUUGCAAGAAUUGUUAGACCUCAAAUUAUUACUCCAAUUUUGCAAAGUGUACUGAUCAAAAUGCAGGAAAUUGGAUAUGAGUUCACCGAUGUUCACACACAGUACACUGCAAACAGCAUGAAAAUGGUCCAAAACUUGAUUCAGAAAUAUGAGUGGGAAGUUGGAACAGUUGAGAGCUUCCUGAUCGAGCACAUAUCCAUGGUAUUUGUUUCCUACAUGAACCUCCUUGUUUCUGCGCAGAGAUUGUACCAGUGCAGCCAGUUUCUGAUCACAGCCCUGACGAAAUCGAGAAACUCCAUUUCAAAAGCGAACAAAAUGGAGUUAUCCGUAAUUCUCGCGUCAUGGCUGGCUAGGAUUGACUGCGGACCAUCGACAGAAAAGGCCGGACAAACAAUUUGCAACGCACUAGCAAAAGUUGUCGAAGAUUUGUCAUUUUCUCUGGACAACUAUGAUGACUUAGUGUUUCUCACAACAAAUCUCAACACAAGGCUCCUCAAGCAGCAGUCUUUGGUCAAAAGUAUCUCCAACGCGAUUGCCUGCCUCUUCAAAUCCAACUUUUGGCUGUUUUCCAGGUCAGAACUCGCGAAGACACUCAUUGGAACUGACUUGAGCAGGGCCGGAUAUGUCAAUGCCGCCCACGAAGCUCUUGUCAACAGUCGAAUUCUUCCUCCGAAGAAGGAGGACAACCUUAUUGACUAUUUGUUCAUCGACAACUUCAGACUUCUGAAGGAAAUCGUUAGUUUUGUUCCAGUGAAGCAGUCAGAGCAGUUUUCCAUUUACCUCGUGAAAGCAGCAGUUUCCAGACACGUCGAGUUCGAUUUCAUCAACUUCAUGACUGACUUGGAACUGGAGAAGACGUCGGAGGUCAACAAGAACACGAUACUGAGAGGAAAUGCAGUUCCAUCCCGUUCGAUCAUCUCAUUCUCCAAAAUAUUCGGAAGGGAGUGGCUGAAAACAAUUUACAGUCCAAUGUCAAAUUUGGCGAAAGAAAUUGUCAAAUCAGGAAAGAGCAUAAACAUAAAGACAAAGUACGUGCCGAGUAAUGAGAACAUAGAGGAGAACAGGAAGACAUUCAGACAAUUGUUCAUCAAAUCAAUAGACAUAAUAACAAACUCAAUUCCUCGUCUGCCAACUCAAAUUAUAAGAAUGGUUCAAAUUGUUUACAAAAAAGUGGCAGAAAAAUUCCAAGACAAUCAUGGUAUUAUGAUUGUUAACGGCAUUAUCUUCCUGAGAUUGAUAAUUCCCAACCUCACAGCCCCUCCUAAUGAAGAGGAAGAGGACAAAUUCGAUAUUUCCGAGGAAGAAAGGCAAGUUUUAGUUUCUGUCUGUAUAGCGCUGAUGGCGGCAAGUUUGAGAGGAGAUCUGACGGACAAAGGCGAGGACUACCUCUACUUCAACGACGUCGCGAGCCUGGCCUUGGACAGGUUCACUGCGACAGUUGACGACAUCAUCAAGACUGACAUCAAAGGCGCCGCGUUCAAGUACCUGGAGACAGACGAAAACAUAGUCUGCCAGAACUUGUCAGAGACACUUUGCUCUCUGCGGAAGGACUUGGAUCUGUUCUACACGAGCAGGAAGAACGACAAAGAGGCAGAGAAGCUGUACAACUUCGUUUUGAAGUACGACAAAAUCAAAACGAGGAAUUUCAUUUCCUGCAAGAAACAGAGUGAUUUCGACCAGCUCCCGAGAGAGAUGAAGGAGUUCAUGAUGAUAAAGCCAACAGACGAAGAACUGUACCAGUUGGAACAGUUCAUUUUCAUAGACACUCCUUUCAAUUCUGAUUUCGAAGUUGUUUACUAUGUGAGUAGUUUACAAAACUCUUCAAUUUCAGAGAAAACAAUUAUGAGUUAUUUAUUCAAUCUUUUGUUGUCGAUCAACAACGACAUUAUAUUUGUUUUGGACAUGAGCCACGUUGAUGUUGAGAAACUUCCAAAAGGACAAGUCCAAAUCAAGAAAUUCAUGCCUGUUUUCGACAUGUGUUUCAAGUCAAUCAAACAUUUCAUUGUCCUGAGGAGCAGCUACGAGUUCGGAGAGUAUUUCGUGCAGAACAGACAGUUCACACAUUACUCCGACACCUUCGUUUUCGCCACAUCCGAAAAGGACAUCUAUCCACUGAACAGUCUAUCAGACAAAAUUCCGAUGGAGUGCAAAGAAGCGCUGAAUAACGAAGGAUUCCCUCAGACAACUAUCAUAAACAAGAGGGAGACAACAAUCAGAGUUUCGAGGUUCUCCCUCCACACUCUGAUCAAAAUUGGCGCGAUCUCUGUCAACAACUGCUACAUGCUGAACCACAUCCACUCCAUUUCGGACAUCACAGCUCCAGACGAGAAUUUGGAGUUCACAGUCUACGUGAACAACGAAAUUCUCGUCUUCACGACAUUCCCUGCCAGCGGACUGUAUUAUUUGAUCAAAUCUGCCUUCGCGAGAGCAAACUCCAAAUCUCUCAAGUACCCGCAAAUUUGCACUGAUUCGAAUGAUAAAUCAUCAACGUGCUGGCUUCUUCUUCUGAUCAGUUUGACUGGACUGAUGGAAGCCGACUGCCACUUCCUGUGGGAGAACUCCUUCAACCUCCUGAAGUCAGUAAACAACGAGUACCAGCUGUCAAUCGAUAUACCAGAAACAGUCGAAGAGUGCAGGCAGAAGGCAACAGACAUACUCAGAAUUGCCUGCAACAAAAGACCAGAAGAUGUCGGUCAUGUUAUUAUUGAGUUCGAAAAAAUCUUUUCCGUACUCAAGAAUCCACUUCCUGUCGUGAAAUUACUGCCAGGAAUCACCGAAUUCUUACUUUCCUCACAGUGCGGAUAUCUCGGAAGAAGAUUUUUGAUUGAGCUCCACUGCGAAGACGAGGAAUCGAUGCUCUUCAUAAAGAACAAAGUCUGGAAGGAGAUCAUGUCAAAGCAGGAAUAUGGACCGGCUGUUUUCGAAGUUCUCCUGCCGAUGUUUGACGAAAACAACAAAGAGCUUUUGUAUCUAAUCGCGAUGGAAAACAAAAGCUUUGUUUCCUCCCACAUCGUGAAGCGAUUGAUGGACAGAUUGCAGUCGGCGCCGUCAGCAGCACUUCUUCUCUUGGAGGGAAAUCUCUUCGACAUAAAGAACCACGGUGCUGAUCUACUUCACGCCUGCUUGAUUGCUCUCGGAAGAACUGCGCAGGAUGACGUGAUUGUUCAGGUCAUAAACAGGCUGCUGAAGGACAUAUCGAAGAGAGUCGAGAACGCAGGAAUGAGCGGAGUUAUUUCUGUCGAUGUAAAUAACAGAAGAAAGAACACAACAGAAGUCAUUAAAGUACUGAAGCAGACAUCAUUUUUCGGGAAAAUUGUGGAAUCUUUUGAAAGAUUUGCAGAUGAAAAUGAUAUUUCUAAGGAAUAUCUCUCAUACUUCAAGGAAUAA